UAUUCCUAUUCACAUGCUAUUCCUAUUCCUAUUUCUAUUCCUAUUCCUAUUCCUAUUCCUAUUCCUAUUCCUAUUCCUAUUCCUAUUCCUAUUCCUAUUCCUAUUCCUAUUCCUAUUCCUAUUCCUAUUCCUAUUCCUAUUCCUAUUCCUAUUCCUAUUCCUAUUCCUAUUCCUAUUCCUAUUCCUAUUCCUAUUCCUAUUCCUAUUCCUAUUCCUAUUCCUAUUCCUAUUCCUAUUCCUAUUCCUAUUCCUAUUCCUAUUCCUAUU